AUGAGCCAGUGUGAAGUUUUCGAGUAAUUAUAAAUACGUUUUACCGACAUAUCGCGUCCGCCGCGUCGUAACUCAGAUAUAAAAAUUUUAGCAAAACGUGCAUGAUUUUUUUGCAAUGUCAAUUUUCUAUAGUCGAAUCCAGAAGAGUUCAUUAAUAUACUCCACCAUAGACUUCUGUAUAGUGGCUGACAUUGGAAACAUGAUUGAAUCCGGAAAAAGAUGUUGAACAGGUUCCAUUGGUACACAACUAAUUGCUAUAGGCGGCAGAUGCCACAAAAUUGCUUAAUGAAUUUAGUUUUAAUGUAAUAUUCAAAUACAAAUUACAAAAAAUUGAUUCGGUGUAAAAUUUAGUGCAGUGAAAAAGUGAUAUAUGCGUACUUCUGAAAUAAAUGCAUAAUUCUCGUACCUAUUUUCAUCCAAAUGUAGACACAAAUGAAAAAUGCUAUCCAAGCAGUACCAUUUUUUGAUUUGGCUAUACAUACCAUUAGUAGUAUAUUCACAAUACGAAACUGACCAAUAUGUAACAGAAAUCACAACCGAACCGAUUUUACAGACCAGCGCAGAAUUUGAAAUUUCACUAUUUCCGUCGAACAAUGAUGAAAAUAAGUCAACGGUUUGUAAUUACACAAAUACCUGCGAAGAAAACAAUUCAGUAAAACAAAAUUUCGCAGAUUUACCAAGUCGAAUUUGCAUGUGUGACGAAAAAUGCUCCAUUUACGGCGACUGUUGCUCGGAUGUCGAAUAUCGAAAUGAAAAUCGAUCGAAUUUCGCUUGCGAAAGAACAUUUUUCGAUGGGAAUAUUUACAUGAGAAAUACAUGCCAGUUUGGGAAUAAUGAUAAUUUAUCAAAUUUUUGCACCGAUUAUGCGAUCAUUGAUAAUAAAAAUGUGUUCGGAAUGAUUCCAGUGACUAGUAAGACAACAAAUAUCACUUAUGUGAAUUUCUUCUGUGCCUUGUGCAACGACGACAAAUACUUUCGUUUUUGGGAAGUGGCCAUUAUACCUAAUACUCGUCUGCUCGCAAUCAAUUUCAAUGUAGAUAAUGAAAUAUUUCUUAACAAUAAUUUUGUAGAGGGUAACAUGGAAAAUUAUACCUUUCGAGCUAAAAUACCGGAAUCGCUAUCUUCUGCAGUCCGAUAUUGCAUCCCAGAUAAUAUACGGAACUGUCUUCAAAAUUAUCGUACUGAAAUAAAAUGCGAUUGUUUCGACAGUUUAGUGGGGAAGUAUGAUUUUUCAGAUAGUACCUACGGAAAACACGUUCCAACAAAAAAGGCUAAAGAUAUACCUUUUCAGUUUUGCGAAAUUAUCCCCACUAACAAUUCUGCUUUUAAAAAGUUUUGUACAAAAAAUUCUCAAAUGCAAUCCAUCGAUGAACCUGACCAUGACCUGCCCGAACUCACUUACAUAGAUAGAUGUUUCUUCCAAACUCUACCUCCAGAUAGUAAACUAUGCUUGAUAAAUUCCUUUUUCCAAUCAAACGAAUUCCAAAUAAUCGAUUCAGAAACGAUUUACGUGUACGAAUUCCAGAGUAAUUUUUCCAGUUCAGAGUGGUCGUUAGAAAGUGAUUCUUCUCUGUAUGUUUGCGGAACUGAAAUACCUCAAUCCUCAACGCAACGUUUUUUUUCAAUUGUAAACAGUUUUCUAUCCAACGUGCUACUCACUGUUUCAGUAUUUUUUCUCGCUUUGUAUAUUAUCAUGUAUAAUAAUGUUAGUAAAUUAAGAUAUCCUUUUAGUAGAGUGAUAUUAUGCUAUAGUGUAACCUUAUUGGUGGCAUGUUUGAUCUUUCUAACGGCUAACUGGGUAUCGUCCUGCAAAGUGAUGGCGGCUUUAUUACAUUAUCUUUUUUUGAGCUGUUUUACUUGGCUAAUGGUUGCAUCGUUCGAGUGUUGGCGCACAGUAACAUCAUCCACCAGAAUUCGAAAUAACAAAGAGCAUUCCUGGAUACGGUUUAGCAUUUAUUGCAUAAUAGGAUGGAUUUUACCCACAUCCAUUGUAUCUGUCGCGAUAUACUUUGAGCUUAGUCCUAUUCAGAGUAUACCGUGUACUUUGAAGCCAGGAUACGGCAGACUAAAUCAAUGCUUCAUUGCUCAAUCCCUGCCUUCUUAUUAUUUUUUCCACUAUCCUAGCGCGAUCAUGUUCCUCGUAAACAUAUAUUUUUUUAUUCACAUAAGCGUUUACGUAUUUUGUAAUUCAUCGGUUCACAGGAAUUUUUCUAUUUUUGCUAAAUUAGCUUUGGUAACUGGUAUACCGUGGACAAUUGGCACUUUGGUAACACUGACAGAUGCGCAAAUAUUGAGAUUAAUUUACGUGAUUUUGAAUUCGUCUCAAGGAAUUUUUAUAUUUUUUGUAUUCGCUUAUGAUAAAGAAAUGAUUAAAGAUAUAGUUGGAAAAUUUUAUCACCAUAUUUUUAAAAAUGCCAAAACACGAGGUAAUAGCGCAGUCACAUUCCAAGCAACAACGGGUAUUCAGGUGUCACGUUCGUCACCAAAUGAAUAUUUCUAAUGUACCUAUACCUAACCUACCUAGGUAAAGGUGUGCGGCAUUUGAAAUUAUUUGUAGAUAUAGGUAAAAAAAACUCUUAUUCACUAAAAUAUUAUACGAAAUAUAGUCAUUUGAAAAUA